AUGAAUAGAAUAAAUGAGAGUGUCCCCCAGGAGUUCAUCCUGUUAGGUUUCUCGGAUCGACCAUGGCUAGAGCUUCCACUCUUUGUGGUGUUCCUGAUUUCUUAUAUCUUGACUAUCUUAGGCAACCUGGCAAUAAUUCUCGUGUCACAUCUGGAUUCCAAACUCCACACCCCCAUGUAUUUUUUUCUUACCAAUCUCUCACUCUUGGACCUUUGCUAUACCACAAGUACAGUUCCACAAAUGCUGGUGAACAUACGCAGCAUUAGAAAGGUAAUUAGUUAUGGCGGCUGUGUGGCCCAGCUUUUCAUUUUCCUGGCCUUGGGUUCUACUGAAUGUCUCCUCCUGGCUGUCAUGUCCUUUGAUAGGUUUGUAGCCAUUUGUCGGCCUCUCCAUUACUCAGUUAUCAUGCACCAAAGGCUCUGCCUCCAGCUGGCAGCUGCAUCCUGGAUUAGUGGCUUCAGCAACUCAGUAUUACAAUCCUCCUUGACCCUUCAGAUGCCACUCUGUGGCCACAAAGAAGUGGAUCACUUCUUCUGUGAAGUCCCUGCUCUGCUCAAGUUGUCGUGUGUAGACACAACAGCAAAUGAAGCUGAACUAUUUUUUAUCAGUGUACUAUUCCUUCUAAUACCUGUGACACUCAUUCUUAUAUCAUAUGCUUUUAUUGUCCAAGCAGUGUUGAGAAUACAAUCAGCUGAAGGUCGGCAAAAGGCAUUUGGAACAUGUGGCUCCCAUCUAAUCGUGGUAUCACUUUUUUAUGGUACUGCUAUUUAUAUGUAUCUGCAACCACCAUCACCUGCCUCCAAGGACCGGGGAAAGAUGGUGUCCCUUUUCUAUGGAAUCAUCACACCCAUGUUGAACCCCCUUAUAUACACACUUAGAAACAAAGAUGUAAAGGGAGCAUUUAGGAGGUUGAUCACAAGAAUUGUCUUAAUCAAGAAAUAG